CAGCUCUAGCAGUGAAGAAACGCUGAAGGCAGAGAGCUCUGCAUAGGUUUGAAACAAAUAGAGGCCUUUAAUCCCCUGCACCAGAGCACAGUAGGGUGUAUCAGAGGGGGGGUGCUCAAAUUCCUAAGGCCAUCCAACAAGUUGGAUUGCCCUUGGUUAUAUUAGGCUCCUGCUAUGUCUAGGAUGACUGUGAAAGAUGCCUCCCUCACUUUAGGAGAACUGGCAGAGGCCGGAUCGCUGAUCCCUGUACUGACACCGAUGCUGUUUCUUGGCGUCAUUCCUCCCUCUAGGGAUGUCUAAGUAAAGCUGCCAUCCCCAUGGGGAGAGGUGUUUGCUGUACCACUUCCUUGAAUGUUAGAAAGAUACCAAGUCCAACCCAAGCAGGGAUAUACUCUAAACUAUCCCCCCAAUAAGUGGUCAUCCACUGUCUGCCUGAAGACUUUAUGUUCUACUUUUGGACAAUUUUCUACCUUCAUAUCACUUCCCAGGCACCUGGGAGCUCCCAGGGGAGGAGAUCAAACUUGCCGAUUUGUGGGGGCUAGGAGCUUGGCUGAGGGAGAGGAGAAUGGACUGCUCUUUGGCCCUUUUCAGGUUCUUAUUUGUCCCCUGGCUUAUUGCCUGGGCUAGAGGGAGAAUGGAAGGGAAGGAGAUAAGAGCAGACAGUGGCUAACUGCUGGCCUUCUCCUUCUAAGUCCCUGUAGUGAAGGAAACUUCACUAGGUUUUGUGCUCUUGCCUGUGUGGAGGCUGGAGGCAUGUCUCCUCUUGCUAACUCUGGUGACUGAUUCCAUCUCCCUUUACUUCCUGGGUCUGUCAGUCAUCCAAACAACUGAUGAAUGGAGCCUCCUCUGACGAGGAAGACCCAGGCUGCUCGAUUUCAUAUCCUUCCACCCAAACGCUCAUCUGGGACCUUCUGUACAUCCCAGUAUGGAAGUGAACAUGUUAAUAAGACAGCAUGGCCUCUGGAGGGGGCUCAGGCCCAAGUUUUUCUCCACUGGGACCAUGACGCUGCACAAAACCUGUUGAUCAGAUUGCCAGGGAGGCCUAUUUAUAUCCUCAGCUGCUCCUGAACGAACAGCUUUAGCAAGGGGGGGGCUUCUCAGAGCAGAGAAAGUAAUGUUGUAUGAGCCCAGCAUUGCCUGGGCACCCGCUCGCAUAAAUUGGGUCCACUACAGCAUGGCAAGGGAGACUUUCCCCUUCACUUCUUCCACUUUGCGCUCACUUCGCCUGCAGCAAGAAUGGCUAGAAUGGGAAGAUCGGCGCCGGGCAGCUGCCUGGCAGCGCUACAACCGGAGGUGCCCCCCAAGCACCCGGACCCCACUUACCCGGACUCCCCGCUGUUGCCGGGAUCCAGCUGUCCAUAAUGCCCUGUUUGUGGGUGAUCUGCAACGGAUCCAGGCCCUGUUCCAGGAUGAAGCAACAGCCAACAUGAUUGUGGAGACUGUCAGUGACCAGCUGGCAUGGUCGGCUGAACUGGGCCUCUGGGUACUGACCCCAAGGACCAAGCAGACGACCCCAUUACAAAUUCUGGCAGCCCGAGGCUACACCAGCUGUGUCCGCUACCUGAUCCUGCAGGGUGCUGAUCCGGAUGCCCGAAUCGGGGGGCAGACAGCCUUGCAUGAGGCCUGUGCCCAGGCCCAGCUAGACUGUGUGAGGUUGCUUCUUGACUUUGGAGCCAAUGCUAAUACACUGUCAGAGGAAGGCAUGGCUCCCCUCCACCUCUGUACUACCCCUGAGUCUUUACGAUGUGCCAAAUUACUGCUGGAAAUGGGAGCAUCUGUGAACCUGGCCUCAAGGGAAAGUAAGGUCACGCCCUUGCAUGUGGCUGCUGGUCGGGGCUUGGAAGAACAUGUAGCCUUGUACCUGCAGUAUGGGGCUGAUGUGGGCCUGUGUACAGGCCAAGGCGAGACUGCCCUCAACUCAGCCUGUGCUGGGGCUGAAGGCCCAGGACGACGGCACGAAGGGGUAGUCCAGCGGCUCCUGGAGGCUGGGGCAGAUCCCCGGGCAGCAGGCCGGAAGCGCCACACCCCACUCCACAAUGCCUGUGUCAAUGGUUGUGAGCGUCUGGUGGAACUGCUGCUGCAUCAUGGGGCAAAGGCUGAUGCUCCCAAUGGGGCUGGACAUACACCCAUGGACUGUGCUCUACAGGCAGCUGAGGACAUCCCCAACAGGAAGCCUGAGGUCCUCAUCUCUGCCCUGCUGGACUAUGGGGCUCAGCCCAUCCGCCCAGAGAUGUUGAAGCUGUGUGCUUCAUCUCCACAAGGCCUGGAAGUCAUGCUCAAUGCCUACCCUUGUGUUCCACCUAGUGAAACCUGGGCUGAGGCUGUGCCCCCCGAGCUGUGGCAGGUAUGUGUGACAGUGUGUCUCUCCUGUGGGCUCAGCCCUAUGCAAGGCACAAGGGAAGAGAUGGAGGCCUUAUCUCCAGAGACACUCCCACCCACCCCGAGAGACAAGACACAGAGCUCUGACCAUCAGAGCAUGAAGCCUUCUACAACUCAGCCUUCCAAAUGGCAAACCAGCCGCGGCAGCUGCAGCACCUGGCCAGGCAUGCCCUCCGGAGCUAUCUCAGGAAUCGCUGUCGCCUUGCUGUGUCCCAGCUUCCACUGCCCCCUGCCCUGAAGGACUACAUGCUCCUUCGAAUUGAGGGGACCAUUCAGUGAGCUUGAGUUGGGGUAGGUGCCGGAUGCCCAGGUCCUGUUUGUGGCUGUAUUACCCUCCCUUCUCACUUAGAAGAAGGAGUUCUUGGAGGGCAGUGGUUUUUAGCCUUUUAAGCCCAUGGGACCACUCAAAUAGAGCAAAGGACAUCAUGGAAAACCUCCCCCCAACCCCAUUUAAAAAAAAAAGGCUACAGUUAAUGGGAAGGAUGUUCAACAGGAGUUUUUAUUAAACACAAGCAAGUAACAUA